UUAAUCUGUGAUCGCAGUGCAAAAAUUUUAACACACUUUUAUAAACUAGAAUUAAUAAUUUUCCAAAAAUGACGAAAAAGAAACCGAUGCCGAAUUUAUCGAAGGAGGAGAAAAUGGUGCUAGUUAUAUCUGAAAUAAUACAGGAGCUACUUAUCGCUCACCGACAGGGCAAAGAUGUUAACCUCAACAAGAUGAAAACACGGAUCUCGUCCAAGUACGGACUCGGGACUUCGCCUCGGCUGGUCGACAUCAUAGCGGCGGUGCCAGCAGAGUCUAAAAGCAUAUUGUUGCCCAAGUUAAAGGCAAAACCCAUCCGUACAGCGUCAGGUAUCGCCGUGGUCGCAGUCAUGUGCAAACCUCACAGAUGUCCACAUAUCAACUUCACUGGCAACAUUUGCGUCUACUGCCCUGGUGGACCAGACUCCGACUUCGAGUACUCGACACAGAGUUACACAGGCUACGAGCCUACAUCUAUGAGGGCAAUCCGUGCCCGAUACAACCCGUAUUUACAGACACGGCACAGAGUGGAACAGUUGAAGCAGCUCGGUCACAGUGUGGAUAAAGUGGAGUUUAUUGUAAUGGGGGGCACAUUCAUGAGUCUCCCUGAAGAUUAUAGAGACUACUUUAUAAGGAAUCUGCAUGAUGCUCUAUCUGGACACACAUCCAGCUGUGUGGCAGAAGCUGUGAAAUACUCCGAGAGAGCUAAAACUAAAUGUAUCGGAAUAACCAUUGAAACCAGACCAGAUUACUGUCUGCAGAGGCACAUGAGUGAUAUGUUGAACUAUGGAUGUACCAGGCUGGAAAUUGGUGUGCAAUCUGUGUAUGAAGAUAUUGCUAGGGAUACUAACAGAGGCCACACUGUAAAAGCUGUCUGUGAAAACUUUAAUUUAGCUAAGGAUGCUGGCUACAAGAUAGUAGCUCACAUGAUGCCUGAUCUACCCAAUGUUGAUUUUGAGAGGGAUGUUGAGCAGUUCAUUGAGUUCUUUGAGAAUCCAGCUUUCCGAGCUGAUGGUCUCAAGAUUUAUCCAACUCUGGUUAUCCGAGGUACUGGCCUCUAUGAGCUGUGGAAAACCGGUAGAUACAGGAGCUACCCACCCUCUACUUUGGUGGAUUUGAUUGCCAAGAUCUUAGCUUUAGUGCCCCCAUGGACUAGAGUUUACAGAGUGCAGCGUGAUAUUCCGAUGCCUUUAGUAUCAUCGGGUGUGGAACAUGGUAACUUGAGGGAGCUAGCUCUGGCUCGGAUGGCAGAUCUCGGUACGGACUGUAGAGAUGUGAGGACAAGGGAGGUCGGCAUACAGGAGAUACAUAACAAAGUCAGACCCUAUGAGGUGGAGUUGAUAAGGCGUGAUUAUGUAGCUAAUGGUGGCUGGGAGACAUUUUUAUCAUAUGAGGACCCAGAUCAAGACAUUCUGGUUGGUUUGUUGCGACUCAGGAAGUGUGCAAAGGAUACAUACAGGCCGGAAUUAAAGCCUGGACCUAACUCUAACUUCAAACAGUGCAGUAUUGUCAGAGAGCUGCAUGUGUAUGGCUCUGUUGUUCCAGUGAAUGCCCGUGAUCCAACCAAGUUCCAACAUCAAGGAUUUGGUAUGUUGCUCAUGGAGGAAGCUGAACGUAUAGCGAGGGAGGAGCAUGGCUCGGACAAGAUAGCUGUCAUCUCUGGUGUUGGUACCAGGAACUAUUAUGCCAAGAUUGGGUACCACCUUGAAGGGCCUUAUAUGGUUAAAAUGUUGUGAAUAAAAUUAUAUUUGUA